GCUGCCGCCCAGAGAGCCUCGGCAGCGAUGGACAGAGCACUGCUGCGGUCCACCACGCGCACCGCCCGCACAGCGGCAACCCGCCUCGUCCUCCCUCUCCCUCCUCGGCUCGCCAGCACCCGACCGCGGCCGACACCGUCUACAAGGAGCUACGCCUCGGCAGCGUGCCCGCCCCUGUCGCACCCGACUCGACCGCUCGCCCCAGUCCAGAGCAGCUCGUCCAGCACCGCAUACGGCCAACCGCUCCCGUCGACCCACCCUCACCUCCUCGCGCCCGGUCAACUCACGCCGGGCAUCUCGGCCGCCGAGUACGAGCAGCGCAGGCGCAACCUCGUCGAUCGUCUCGAGGACGGAGCCGUCGUCGUCAUCGCUGGAGGCAAGACGGUCUACUCGUCGCAGAACAUCUUCUACCGCUUUCGACAACGCAGCAACUUCUGGUACCUGACGGGCUUCGAGGAGCCCGACUCGGCGCUCAUACUCGAGAAGGACAGCUCGGCAAAGGGCUACCAGAUGACCCUCUUCUGUCAGCCCAAGGAGCCGUACGACGAGCUGUGGAACGGUGCGAGAACUGGGCUCGACGGCGCGCGAGCGAUCUUUGGUGCCGACGAGGCCGUCGACGCGCACGUGUUUUCUCGGCGCCUCGAGCACAUCCUCGCCUCGAAGCCCGACAGCCCCAUCUACAUCGACCUUCCUGCCGUCUCGCACCUCGCCCUCUCCCGAACACGCCAGCGACCCGCCAAGUCGCGUUCCCUCAUGGACUACCUCUCGCGUUCGGGUGCCCAGACCAAGCCUGACGACGUCGACGAGGUGCUCAAGGUGCUCGACAAGCGCGACGUGCGCAGCGCGGCGGCCGAGGUCGAGCGGCUGCGGCUCAUCAAGAGCGAGGCCGAGAUCCAGGUCAUGAGGAGGGCGGCCGACGCGAGCUCGGCUGCUCACGCCAAGGUCAUGCGCUUCGCGCGCCCUGGCCUCACCGAGCACCACUUGACGUCGCACUUCACCUACCACGCCUCGCUCCGAGGCGGGGCGCGCGAGGCCUACGUCCCCGUCUGCGCGUCGGGCAAGCAGGCCCUGACGAUCCACUAUCUCGACAACAACCGGCCGAUCAAGCAGGGCGAGAUGGUCCUCCUCGACGCUGGCUGCGAGCUGGGCGGGUACGCGAGCGACAUCACUCGCGUCUUCCCGGUGUCGGGCACGUUCUCGACGGCGCAAGCCCACCUGUACGAGGCGGUCCUGCGCGUCGAAAAGGCGUGCAUCACGCAUUGUCGCGCGUCGGCCGACCUCUCUCUCGAAGAGCUGCACCGCGUCUCGGUCGACCUGACGCGGACCGAGCUGCGCGACCUCGGCUUCAACCUGCGCGGCGGCGACCUCGAGCGGGUCCUGUACCCGCACUUCCUCACGCACCCGCUCGGCGUCGACCUGCACGACACGAUGUCUUUUUCGAGGAACGAGAAGAUCCAAGAGGGCAUGGUCAUCACGAUCGAGCCGGGCGUGUACGUGCCACCGCUCGCCCACUUCCCGAAGGGCUUCCACAACCUCGUCGUGCGCAUCGAGGACGAGGUGCUCGUCGGCGCCGACGACCAGACGGUGCUGAGCGUCAACGCGCCCAAGGAGCUCGUCGACGUCGAGGCGUGCUGCCAGGGCAUGCUCGAGGGCGUUGGGCGGCCGAAGGAGGUGUGGGAGGACUGAGCGAGCGGCUGUCGGGCGGCGCGGCUGUCGGGAGGGGGGGCCACCUUGUAGAGACUCUCGCUCUCGUAACGCGCAUAGCGUCGUCCUGGCUC